AAUCGUCGCCUUCGAUCCCAAGUUGUCAUCUAUGGUUCAUCGUCAUAUGAGUCUGGUAAACGUCCAGAGAUUUGAAGCACGUGACAUCUUAAACAUACACAGCUCAAAUCACAAAGAAGAUCUUUUACCUUCGUUCCCAAUUCCUCCCGAUUGGAGCUUUACCGUCCGAUCUCGAUGCCAUACUUUCCAGUUCAGCUAUUUUCUGAGUUUCACCCUAAAACCUAGCAUCGGAGUACGAAGAUGGCUUUGGUAGCGGUUUUGGAGGCGGAUCUCCGUGCUCUCUUCGCGGAGGCACCACAGAGGUAUCCCGUCGUGAAAGACGGAGCGGAGCAAGCAAUCUUGAAGCUUCGUUCAUCAUCGAGUGCGAGUGAUCUUUCAAGCAAUGAAGACAUCCUUCGGAUCUUUCUAACGGCAUGUGGAGUCAGGAAUACAAAACUUAGUGUAAUAGGACUUUCAUGCUUGCAGAAUCUUAUAUCUCAUGAUGCAGUGGAACCAUCAUCUCUGAAGGAGAUACUUGCUACCUUGAAAUAUAUAGUUUUACUCCUAAAAAUUAAAUAGUAUUUCCAGAAGUAGUGGUGAUCACGGUGGCAGAGGAGGGGGACGCAGUGGUUGUGGUCAUGAAGACCAUGUUGGGCAUAGAGAAGAAGAAGUUGGCGAGGGAUUGGAAAAGAUGUGGAAUGGUUCGUCGACCAGUGACAUGGAUCGGAUGGAUCUGGGACUAUUUUAAUGAUUACCACUCUUCUAUAUAACUAGAAAAUGUGUCAUUGGCAUCAAGAAAUUCCAAUAUUUGAUUUUUCGUAGGCAAGUUCUUUAUCACAGUUUUAAUAAUAAUUCUCCGUGUUUGAAUUGAUAUUUAAGAUUACACAUUUUGGAUUUAACCUUAUAAAUCUUUGCCCACAAACUCAGUCCAAAACCUGGAGGAUUCUU